CGGGCGGCCAUGUCGCCUUUGUCUGCGGCGCGGGCGGCCCUGCGGGUCUACGCGGCCGGCGCUGCGGUGCUGGUGGCGCAGCUGCUGCGCCGCUGCCGCGGGGGCUUCGUGGAACCAGUUUUUGGCCGGGGUUGGGCCUGAACCCGCCACCUCCCACUUCUCUGAGCCACAGGCGCUGCCCACUGCGACCCUGAUACAGAUGGUCUAUACACAGGUCCUCACGAAUGAGCGGACGCGCGGCAGGCGGGCUCCGGCAGGGGCAGCGAUGGAGAAUAGAGGGCUGGACAGCUCCCAGACAGACCUGAAGCUAGUGGCCCACCCCCGUGCCAAGAGCAAGGUGUGGAAGUAUUUCGGCUUCGACACCAACGCCGAAGGAUGCAUCUUGCAGUGGAAAAAAAUCUAUUGUCGGAUCUGCAUGGCCCAGAUCGCGUACUCCGGCAACACCUCCAACCUCUCCUACCAUCUGGAGAAGAACCACCCCGAGGAAUUCUGCGAGUUUGUCAAGAGCAACACGGAACAGAUGCGGGAAGCCUUUGCCACCGCCUUCUCCAAGCUGAAGCCCGAGUCCUCCCAGCAGCCAGUGCCCGACGCACUCACCAUGAAGGCUGGACAUGGCCACGAGAGCAAGAGGCAGCAGGAACUGACGGCUGCCGUCGUGGGGCUCAUCUGCGAGGGCCUGUACCCGGCCUCCAUCGUGGACGAGCCCACCUUCAAGGCGCUGCUGAAGACGGCCGACCCCAGGUACGAGGUCCCCACAAGGAAGUUCAUCUCCACCAAGGCCAUCCCCGAAAAAUAUGGGGCGGUCCGGGAGAUCAUCCUCAAGGAGCUGGCCGACGCCUCUUGGUGUGGGCUCUCCACAGACAUGUGGCGUGGUCACAACCAGAACCGUACCUACGUGACGCUGGCUGUCCACUUUCUGGGUGUCAGUUCCCCUAACUGCCUGUCCGUGGGCUCCAGGUGCCUGAAGACGUUCGAGGUGCCCGAGGAGAACACGGCGGAGACCAUCACACGGGUGCUGUACGAGGUCUUCAUCGAGUGGGGCAUCAGUGCCAAGGUCUUUGGGGCCACCACAGACUACGGCAAGGACAUCGUGAAGGCGUGCUCAUUGCUGGACAUAGCGGUCCAGAUGCCCUGCCUGGGACAGACCUUCAACGCUGGCAUCCAGCAGGCUUUUCAGCUGCCUAAGCUGGGUGCCCUGCUGUCCCGGUGCCGCAAAUUGGUAGAGUACUUUCAGCAGUCCACGGUUGCCAUGUACAUGCUCUAUGAGAAGCAGAAACAACAGAACAUGGUGCACUGCAUGCUGGUGAGUGACCGGGUCUUCUGGUGGGGCAGCACAUUGGCCAUGCUGCAGAGGCUCAGGGAGCAGCAGUUUGUCAUUGCUGGCGUGCUGGUGGAGGACAGCAACAACCAUCACCUUAUGCUGGAGGCCACCGAGUGGGCCACUAUCGAGGGACUGGUGGAACUUCUACAGCCCUUCAAACAAGUGGCGGAGAUGCUGUCCGCCUCCAAAUACCCCACGAUCAGCAUGGUGAAGCCACUUCUGCACAUGUUGCUGAAUACUACACUAAAUGUAAAGGAGACAGAUUCUAAGGAGAUCAGCAUGGCCAAAGAGGUGAUUGCCAAGGAGCUGUCCAAGACCUACCAGGAGACGCCCGAGAUUGACAUGUUCCUGAACGUUGCCACCUUCCUGGAUCCCCGCUACAAGAGGCUGCCUUUCCUCUCUGCCUUUGAGCGGCAGCAGGUGGAGAACCGUGUGGUGGAAGAAGCCAAAGGCCUCCUGGAGAAGGUCAAGGAUGGCAGCUACCGGACGCCAGCCGAGGACAAGAUCUUCCCUCUGCCUGAGGAGCCUCCCGUGAAGAAGCUCACACUCGCGUCUACACCGCCACCGACCAGUGUCAUCAACAACAUGCUGGCUGAAAUCUUCUGCCAGACGGGUGGCGUGGAGGAUCAGGAGGAGUGGCAUGCCCAAGUGGUGGAGGAACUGAGCAACUUCAAGUCACAGAAGGUGCUCGGCCUCAAUGAAGACCCUCUCAAGUGGUGGUCUGACCGCCUGGCCUUGUUCCCCCUGCUGCCCAAGGUGCUUCAGAAGUACUGGUGCGUGACAGCCACCCGCCUUGCACCCGAGCGCCUCUUUGGCUCUGCGGCCAAUGUGGUCAGUGCCAAGAGGAACCGGCUGGCCCCUGCACAUGUGGAUGAGCAGGUGUUUCUGUAUGAGAAUGCCCGCAGUGGCGGGGCAGAGGCCGAGCCUGAGGACCAGGAUGAGGGCGAGUGGGGCUUGGACCAGGAGCAGGUGUUCCCAUUGGGGGACGGUGUCAGCGGUGGCUUUUUUGGUAUUAGGGACGGCGCCUUCCUGUAGGGAGGAAACAUCUUAUCUUAGGAGUGGUGACGGGGUAGCCGUUUGGAUGUACUGCUAUAAGUAUCCACCUGGCUGGCUUGGUGUUGAACCUCAAAGAACAUCCAGGGUCCUUGAAACCAAGAGAAAAAAGUUGGGGGAGGAAAGAAAGAUGCAAGAAGAAAGACAAAUGACUUUGCCUUCUCCUCUCUUGUUCAUCUCUCUGGGGACCCUCUUAGGGACUGUAAAUCCUGAGUUCUCCCAUAGCGAGCGGCAAGGCCUGGAGGGAUGUUGUUUCUUCAGAGAAACAACUACAACUUAGGACAUCCCAUGUAAUUCACCGUUGCAGUCCUCCUUCAGGGAGAAUUCAGAAAAUAAACCCGAGAAGACUCUAGGUCUUCCCCUGGAACCGGCCAUUCCCCAGCACCACACCCCCCCUUGGGUCUUCAUCGAAUGUGGUCAUGUUUACAUUGGAACAGGAGCAGGAACCUUGCUUCUGGGAAACUUGGAAGAGAUAACUUUUGCCAAAAUGCCCUUCUAGAAAAGAGAGACAUCUUUUAUGUUUGGGGAAAAAAAAGUGUGAAUAAUGGACAUAUGAUGCAAGCACUUAUAAAAAUGCAAAAAAAAAAAAAAAACCGGAAAAGAUGUUGAACGUGUUAUAUUUUUGGUGCCAUGCCGGCAACCAAUCUUUCUCUCCCUUGUGGAAAUUAUUCACUUUGUAGGCACUGUCUUUGAAACAGUCACUAAGGGGCAUUUAGGUGGCUUGUUUUUGUAUAUUUGAUUCUGAGAGUCGUCCUGGCUUUUUUUCAGGGGGAGGGAGGAAUGUGUGAGAGUCGGUCUGUUUCUUGGAAGUGUUGUUUUUAAACUGUGCUCAUCCAGCUUUCUCGGCACAGGUAGGAUUGUUUCAGAUUGCAUUGCAAGAAAGGAUUCCUGAGUUCUUUGUUUGAAUUCAACACCAUGGGUGCAAUUAAAAAACAAGUAACAAUUAUUCCUGGAUAGUUUUACCUUGGAGGUGGGCAAAAUUAUUAUGAGCUGUGUCCCAUGGUCUAGGGAAGCAGGAUAAGAUACUUUCCAACAGUGAGAACUACUUUUUAAUUUUGAAGGGAAAACGCUUCCGCUUAGCAACCGCCUUGGUCCAAAGAGGCUUGAAGUGUUUGUCAGAGUCUCCAGUGCAAUAAGAUAAGACUGGUUAGGGGGGUUGGUGUGUAGGGAGGGCUGGCUGUGGACAAACCACCCCAUUUGGGUCAUUGGGAAUAUUCCGCAAGGACCCCCCAGACCUGACGGGAUUGCAGAGGGGUCCCAGAAGCCACCUGUAUUUUCACGUGCAGGUGACGACUUCCCAUGUGUGGCUGCAAAGAACGCAGAAUUCCAUCCUUAUAUUCUCAGUGGGUGUGCAAGUUAUAAAAAAUUAAGUGUAAGAGAAAGCUGCUCAACUUGCCUUUUUAAGGGAAAGUUGGGAGAUCUUGCCUCCCUUUUGGUCUGCGGUGGAAAAUAGAGGUCAGUAUUUUCCUCUCGGUGGGCUCUUACUGUGUGGUGUCACCCACGUGCCCUUCACCUGUCUCUGAGUCCUUUGGUUUAUUUUAUUUUUUUUGUAAAUCACCCCCAAAGUGUGUAUCACGAGCUGCCUCUGUGUGCCUCGUUUUUAUUUUUAAGCCAUUGGUUCCCCCCCUUUACUUGUACCUUGUUUAAUGCUCUCAGACUGGACCCUUGCCCAGUAAAGCAGAGAAAUAAAUUAGCUUCCUAAUGUAUCUGUCAACUGUUUGCUGG